AUGUCAUCAAGGAGAAAAAGAAUACGUUCAACUAUAGAUGAAUCAGAAUUCAGCAAAGACCAAUCAGCGUCACAAUUAAUAUCAUCUACUACAACUCAUCCUCAUGAAAAUGCUGAGAAGAAAAAUAUUAUUUUGCCGCCAGAACAGCAGCAGUUCAGGAUGGCGUUGCAACAGCAAGAAGAAGAUGGUGAUGGAGCAAAUCAGCAAGCAGGUCAGCAAAAUACAGCUCAACCAAGUAUUGAAGAAUUAAUUAGGCUCGCUGCAGCCCCACCAGGUGUUUAA